AGGAAGGGGGCUGGCCUGCUUGGGAUGGGAGGGGGAGGUGGAUUUUCCACUCAUGGAAGGGGAGGAAAGGGCAGAGGGUGGGGGCUUCCUUGGGAAGCUCAGGGAUGAGUCACCCAGGGCCCGGGGAGUGGAGGGUGGAUAGGAUAUGGAGACCAGGGGCGCUGGGGACUGGAGGGUGGCCCAGCAACAAUGGAAACCAGCCAAUGCAGCCGCAAGAGGAAUCGGCUCAGACACCAGGAAGACACAUCCAGAGGUCCCCUGAGAAGUGUUAGCAAACCCGAGGGGCUGUGCGUGGAGAAGCCCCGGUGCGCAUGCUCUGUCCUGAUGGAGACUUUCAGAAGCUGAGGAGCUGGGAAGCUCAGACAUCAUCUUGCCUGAGUCGGGGACCAGAGACUUGAAGUGCAAACUCUUUCUUGGCAGACAGAGACUACUCCGAGGGCAGAGUCUGUGCCUCCCCCAUCAGACUGGUCUCUCUGGAGCAGGAUGGCCCAGGAGCUCAGCGAGAAGGAGCUCCUGAAGAUGGAGGUAGAACAGCUGAGGAAGGAAGUCAAGAACCCAAGGAGCCUGAUUUCCAAGACGGGAAAGGAAAUCAAGGAUUACGUGGAGGCUGAAGCAGGAAACGACCCUCUCCUCAAAGGCAUCCCUGAGGACAAGAAUCCCUUCAAGGAGAAAGGUGGCUGCACCCUAAGCUGAGGGCCCUGGAGGCCGCCCCACCCUGACCGUCUGUUCCUGCUCAACCCCGCUCUUCCCCAGAAACCCAGGGCCCCAGGGGUGGGGGGACACUCUCCACCCUCUCUCGGCCACAGCAGGAGGAGACCCCCAGCCCAUGCACUAGGGAGCCUUGCCCCACUCCUGCCCUCAGCUCUCCACCCCCACACCUGGGUCACUGCGGGCUCCCCUUGGAGGCUCUCGAGGACAGCUCCUCUGGCUCAGCAGUCGUGGCACAUUCCAUGGUGGGGUCCAAAGAGCCCGCCACGCGCUGGGAUCCCAGACAGCAUCCUUAGAGACGUUGACCCCUCGCUACAGCCCUCCCGUCUUUCCCUCCACUCUCUUCCUAGGAACCAGCAUUCCUAUUCAUAGUCGUUUGGUGGAGGGCCAGAGUGGGGAGGCCCUUCUUCCCCAUCUUAUGUCUGACCCUGUGGUCCUCCUCCUAGUCACUUAGAUUGCCCCAGAGGGCCUGAGGACAAAAAGAGUUUGUGACGUCAUGAGGUCACGCUCUAUUUAAUGUUGUGGGGUGUCUGUUCCGUGCUGGGCACUGGGGAGGGCAGAGUAGCAGCGCUGACACAGUGGGAACAGAGUUGGCAGUGAGGUCAGUAAGAGCUUCUGUGCAGAAAGGACCAUCAGCGGCCUGGGCCACAUGGCAGACAGACACCCAGGGCCAUGGGCAAGGUCCAAGGGAACUGUUGCAGGCCAGUGGGCCGUGGGGAGGAACGGGGCACACAGAGGCCCAAGAGGGAGAUGCGCGAAGCCUUAAAGGACCCCCGUGAACUCAGUUAAGAACUGUGU